UCCCCAGAAGCAUCAGACUCUGUUUGACACAUCGAGGCGAACACUUAAACCAAAGAGGGACCAGGCAGCUCCAGAAUGGCUGCGAAGUUUCACGAGAUCAAGGCCGAGCUGCUGACCGGGGAAGUCUUGCAUUUCUCCUCCCUGCAGGGCAAAGUUGUACUCAUUGAGAAUGUGGCGUCUCUCUGAGGAACAACCACCAGGGAUUACACCCAGAUGAACGAGCUCCACCAGCGCUACGCCGGCCAGGGGCUCGUUAUCCUGGGAGUGCCCUGCAACCAGUUCGGCCACCAGGAGAACUGCAACAAUGAUGAAAUCCUGCAGUCUCUGAAGUAUAUCCGCCCUGGAAACGGUUUCGAGCCCAAGUUUCAGCUCCUGCAGAAGGUGGAUGUGAACGGGAAGGACGCUCAUCCUCUGUUCGUGUUCCUGAAGGAGAAGCUCCCCUUCCCCACCGACGAGCCCACCGCCCUGUUAAACGACCCCAGACUCAUCCUCUGGAGCCCGGUCUGCAGGAACGACGUGGCCUGGAACUUCGAGAAGUUCCUGAUCGGGCCCGAUGGGGUGCCGUUCAAGCGCUACAGCCGGAGGUUCCUCACCAUCGACAUCGAGGGGGACAUCAAGAAGCUCCUCAGCCAGGCACACUAAAGAACCAUCCUCCGACAUAUUGUUGAGCCACCCUGCAGCUUCUGUUUGCACCAGGCUUUCAGCACUUAGCAAGCACGUGUGAUCACAUCCGGAGAAACGUCUUUUUUCCCUCCAUAGCUUCAGUAGAUGGUUUGACACUUUUCUGCGUGACCACCUGUGCUCUCGUGUACCGAUGUCUGUGUUCUGUUCUUUUACUUUAUGAAGACAUCCCCUGAAACCGCCUCGUUGUGAGGGGGGUGUCUGAUGCAAUGUAACAGGCUGAAUGUCUCAGCUUCAUUGAGUACGUGUAAAGCACGGAUGUGGUUGUAAGUAUUAAGAGAAGCAAUAAAUGUCCUUUUCUUAAAUCCUC